AUGGACGAAAACAACAUACAGUGUGAAAGUGCAGUUGAUGGCAGUUUUAAGGAUGUUACCAACACGGUAAUUAAGUUUAAGCCUCCAUUAUACAGACAGCGUUACCAGUUCAUUAAAGAUUUAGUGAUUCAACAUGAACCCAAAAAGGUUGCAGACUUGGGUUGUGGUGAUGCUUCACUCUUAUGGAUGCUAAAAUUCCAUAAGUGCAUUGAACUGCUUGUUGGAGUUGAUAUCAAUGAGGAUAACUUACAACGAAAAAAGUAUAAGUUGUCUCCCCUCAUUGGCGACUAUUUAAAACCCAGGGAGAAGACGUUAACUGUUACUUUAUAUCAUGGCUCUGCUGUGGAGAGAGACUCUCGUUUGCUUGGCUUUGACUUGAUAGCAUGUAUUGAAUUAAUAGAGCAUUUGGAUUCCGAAGAUCUGGCCAAAUUUCCCAAAGUAGUAUUUGGGUUCUUGUCUCCAGCCAUGAUCGUCAUCAGCACACCAAAUUCUGAAUUCAAUCCCCUGUUUCCGGCAGCGACUUUAAGAGAUUCCGAUCACAAAUUUGAGUGGAACCGAAUGCAGUUUCAGACCUGUCAGGUCUCACAAGUGGGCAAGUAUGGAAAGGAUGUGUGGGCACCAGCUACCUUUUCUAUGAAAGCAUUUCGAGUGUUGGUUUAUACCACGACAUACCCAAGUUUGCAGCAAAACAAGUAUCGCCAAUAUGCAGUGGUUAAUGAAGUGAUUUCCCAAGUCUAUGACAUGAGGAGGGAUCUUUUGGAAAGUCUGAAGCUGCAGGAUGACAGGGACUUGGCAGAUUUGCCGGAAGACACUGGCACCUCAGAGCCCCCCUUUCAGUGCUACCAUCCAGUCCUCACACAGUUAAAUGCCAACAUGGAGAAGACUCCCAAGCCCUUCUGUGUAGGGAAUGUGUUUUAUGUACCUCUGGAAAGACUCUUUUCAUUGCCUAAAGUGAAACAUUUAUGUAUUGACAUAGAGAUGCUGAAAACUCUAAUUGCUGAUGCAGUGAUGUUGAACAGUGAUGGUUCUGCAGUGAUGGUUGACAUCCAUGAUGAGGAUAAUGAUGACUGA